UUCAAACAAUUGAAUUCUUACAUACUUGGAACAAAUCAUUUCUUUGCAUUUUCUUGUCUAUGCCUUUUAUUUCCUCUUCUUACGAGCCGCCUCCUUUACAUCUUCAGACCUUAAGCUUUUUGUUUUUCGAAGCUGCGAUUCUAGCUUUCGCAUAAUCCCUUCCCGUUACAGUUAAAUCUGUAAUAAUUCUUUGCUGGGUUCUCGACAUCUCUUGUCUUUCUGCUUGAUAUUUGAAGUCUUGACUUGUAUUUGAGCUCAAUUUUCAGGUGCUUUCCAAUCUAGCUCAGUCUCAUAUACAAGAUUAGCACAGUAAGCUUAUUUACACCCAAUCAGGUUGACUUCUGAUUAUUAUUAUUUUUGGUUGUUUUCAUCUGAUUAUUUUUGUUUUGAGAUCAUAGGAAAAAGUUUACUUCUUUGGGUUUUUCCUGUUCCGUAUGUAUGAUAUAGUUUUGAUUCAGUUUGUGGAACUUCCUUAAUUAGAUUCUCUUAUCUGAUUCAAACUUAGUUUCUAGGUUUUGACUUGCAUUUGAGUGGAACAGAUACUAGCUUCGUCGUUUCUACUAAUAAAGAUAUACAACUUCUUUCCAUGAUAGCAAAAUCAUAGCUAGAGCAUUUUUUGGAUUUCUUAAUUUUCAAUUUGGAUAUGAUGGGAGGACAAUUUAGCAAGAAAAAAGGUGUUGCAAACCCAACCCCACCUCCACCUCCACCUCCACCUCUCAAAAUUAAUUCCAAUUCCCAAUACACAGCAGAUUUGACGUCAUAUGAAGAUGCUUGUAUGCUUGAUCCAGACCUGCAAGCCUUUGAUACAACCCUCCAUGAAAGGACUAAUCGUGUCUUGAACUCCCUUUCCACUGGUGUAGAAGUUAGAUCAUUAUCUUUUAAUUCGCUCAAAGAGGUUACCAAUUGCCUUCUGGAUAUGAACCAAGAUGUGGUCAAUGUCAUUCUACAAUGCAAGGAAGAUAUAUGGGAUAAUAAAGAGUUGUCUGCUUUGGUCAAAGAGUACUUUGAAAGUAGUGCAAAAACAUUGGAUUUUUGUGCUGCUCUUGAGAGUUGCCUUAAACGAGCUCGAAAUAGUCAAUUGAUCAUACAGGUUGCACUUAGGAGGUUCGAGGAAGAAGUAGCAUUACAUGAUGGGGUUGUAGAAACGAAGUACGUAAAGACAUUAGAGGAAUUACGUAAUUUCAAGGCAGCUGGCGAUCCUUUUACUGACGAAUUUUAUAUACUCUUCCAGUCAGUAUAUAGGCAGCAGGUAUCCAUGUUACAGAAAUUACAGCUUCGAAAGAAGAAGCUUGAUAAGAAAAUGAAAUCAAUGAAGACAUGGAGGAGGGUAUCAAAUGUGUUGUUUGUUUCAGCAUUUGUCUCCGUGUUGAUUUUUUCAGUGGUAGCAGCUGCCAUUGCUGCACCACCUGUUGUAACAGCAUUGGCAGGUGCUUUGGCUGUUCCAAUUGGCUCAGUGGGUAAAUGGUGUAAUUCGCUUUGGAAUGGUUAUAUGAAAGCAUUGAAGGGGCAGAAGGAGUUGGUAAGUUCAAUGCAAGUUGGAACUUUCAUUGUAAUCCAGGAUAUGGAUAACAUACGGAUCCUUGUCAACAAAUUGGAGGCGGAAAUCGACGCACUCUUGCAGAAUGUCAACAUUGCUCUUAUUAAUGAAGAUGCUUUUGAGAUUGUGAAGAUUGUGAUAGAUGACAUCAAGAAGAAACUGGAGGAGUUCAUGCAAACCAUUGAGGAUUUAGGUGAACAUGCUAGUAAGUGUAGUCAUGACAUAACACAGGCAAGGACAGUGAUUUUGCAGAGGAUAAUCAGGUAUCCUGACCGCUGAAGAAGCCCUUCAUUAUUUCUUGUGUUGUACUAUCGACAUGUCAACUUGGUCAUCUUAUGCAAAUUCUUAUGCCCCCGUGCUCAGCACAAACUGUUGCAUUAGAGUGUCCUGUAAAAAUAUUAUGAUCCGACACUUGUGUAAGCGUGCGGACUGCCCCAGCUGAAUAGUUUGCCUUUUCUCCAUAAAGGAAAUUGGAACACCUUGAGAUGACCGACUUGAGUCCAAUUUUUAUAAGGAAUAUUACAUUAUUUAAAAAGCUUAUGCUAUUCUGUCUCAAAGAUGUUCUGUUAAAGUUUUCCCCAACAUUGUCUGUCCUGUAUUACAUUAUUGCAGAACUUACAGCAUUAGGCAAGUCUGAUGCUUGCAAAUUGCAAUAUUUAGAAACAUUAUUUGCCAAAAGCAUUGACUUUGUUAUUGCUAAUUCAUGAAUAGGCAGCACAUAAAUUAUGGCUGAUCCUAGAGAGAAACAUAUAGACUAAGAUGAUUUCAUUCUUAGACUUGAUUAGUUUCAUCAGCUGCCCGAAACAUCAAAAAGUGAAUUGUAGGCAUGGUAAUAUUGUACUUGUUGGUUUUCAGUUAUAGAAUUGUUAAGCAGAUUUAGGCUAAUUGUAUAUUAAUAGGGUCGAUGAGUAGGUGCAUUCUUUUUUUUAGAAGCGUUGUCCAUUAAAGUCUGGCUAUAUCAUAGCAACGGAAAGGACCAAUAGACUAAGGUCAUUCUGUGGAAAGGGCUUUUUGUUCUGACUUCAUCGUGAAAAGUUUCUUAAGAUCUUUGGGGUGCAACUGCAAAACAGAAAUCUACUUCAACUUGUUUAGGAUUAAGAAAACAAUGUGAACUUAGUUCUGCUUAUGUACAAGCAGUGGGGUGAGAAAGGUGAUUUUGCUGAAGACUUUUAAAGAUCCUUGUUACUUUAGGGCAAUGAAGUUACAAGCAGUGUGGUUAUCCUGAUAGAUUUUGUCAUGUUCAAGAAGCUUGUGAAUUGAAAUAAAAACCUUGCGGUAGAUUUAA